AAACGCGCGCUCUUGGUCUCGUGCACGAACAUCACGCGCCUUUUAUGAUUUGCGCGUGCAACCUGCCACUCCAGGCGCAAGCGCUUGUUGUUGCUAUGAGCAACUUGGCUUCUCCUUUGUACCUACCCCAGCAGUCAGUUAUUCCCUCUCAUUAAAGUUUUUCAGUAUUGAAAAGACAGACUGACAUUUCGUCUUUUAUAAAGUUCGAUGCGUAAUUUAAUGUAACCUGUUUUCUUAGUGCGUGACGCACUUUGGAAAAGAGCUUGACAGAGUUCUUAAAACUUAAAACGUUUCAUUCAGGAUGUCCACUGUUUUUUCUAUACGGCUCCCGGCCAUCCAACACCCUUCAUCAAGACUUGGAGAUCCAGAUCUCAUCUCUCUCCGGGGUUAUUCCACAGACUGCAGAGAUCAGAGAUGCUGGAUCCCUCAGAAAGGAGCCAGAGCUCGGUCUCCAGACACGGAGAGCCUGGACUCUGCAUUUCGCAGUCAGAGCAGCAGAAGUGAUAUAAGUUCUGUGGUGGAGAAGGGAAAAAGAGGAUUAGAUGUUCCAGAGCUGAUUCCCGAGGGCGAAGAGGACAUCCAUGAUAAAGCCAAACUACCUGCGUUCCGUCACAGGGCAGCUUCAGAGAAUCGCUCUAUAAGCAGAGCUUCCCUUUCAACAUACUCCAGCAUUGGGCCAUGGAAGACAGAUCAGACUGAUCAGCUGGAAGUUGAGCUGAAGGAGCACAUUCAAACUACAGGAGCUUUGGCUCUCAAAAUCCUGUUCAAGAACAACCACCCUGAUGGCAAGCCUCUGGCGAACAGAUCUGUUUUACUAGAGAUCCUUACAAAUUUCCUGAGGCGGCCCGUCACAGCUAAGCAGAUCAAAAAUCUUCUGUUCCGUCUACACCUCUAUGACAGAGUGCUUAUCAGUUUUGAAGAGUUUUAUGGUGCCCUGAAAGACCAAGACUCCAAUAAAAGUAACCCUGCAGGUCCGCUCACAAUUCCUCAGACACUGGCCCUGCUGAGAGGACCAGCACGCAGCAGACACAUUGACUAUGAGUGUCCAAGUGAGAGAUGGGGAAGAUAGGAUGAGAGACAGGGAAAAAAAGACUGAAUAAAAAGACAGCAAGUGGGGGAUAAAGAUGAAAGAGCAACAGGAAAAUGAGAGAAAAGUGGCACACAUUAAAAAAGUGUGCAAAAAGCAGAUUUAUGGGUCCAAAAGGGUUCAAAAGAGAUGAAUGGACAGAGUAAAAAAGAUAAUCAUGUAUUACUGACAA